CGAAACUCGUGUAAAGUUGCCUCUUUCGCGUCGAAGUAAGAGUGCAUAGCAGUUUAAAGACACAUUGCUGGCGUGACAUCAAAUCAUUUGAAUAGCGCUUGAAAAUUAUUACAGUUUUGUGUUUGUAAAACUAUGUGUGAUACCGUCCUAGCCGAUAUUACUUUUAUACCCUGACACAGUUUUAUCGGCUAAACCUACGGUUUCUAGUCAUCCCGGAGGAGCUCACUCUAUAAAGUUGGGGUAUGUGUCCACGUUUCGUACGCCGUGUGUCAUCCCUGCGUUUUAUCCUUUGCCACCCAGUGAUGAUAACGAUUAAAUCGCUUUAGCCGAUAGUACUUGUCCCCCUGGCUCUCUUCACUAUUAACUGAUUCUGGAUUAGUAAUAGACAAGCAGUAUUGCAGGUAUCCUAUCUACACUCUUUUGACGGGGUCUAUAUAUACUGUCAGUGGCCUGCGUAUAAUACACUCGAAUCGUUCCCCACUGAAUACUAUAAAUUAUGGAGACGCUUCCUGAAAUUGCAAAGCUUCACCACCGAGAUGAUUACGUCGAUAUCCACCUACAAGUUGUUUCUAUCGAUGAAGUAGUGUACCAGAAUGUAGAAGCCAGUAACCAAAACGCGUUUCAUGGUUCUGCCGCCUCUGGUUACCAACCUUCACUUGAAAGGUCGCUUGACGGCUCCUCUUUGAGACAAAUCCUGGGGAACAACGAAGGUGUGGGAUUUGGUUCGGGCAACGAGACAGAAUCUUAUCCCGAUGGAGGCAGAGAGGCAUGGUUGGUUGUUUUAGGCUCCUUUGUGGGCGUGGUUUUUCACUUUGGGCUAAUUAACAGCUUGGGGCCUAUCCAAACAUAUAUUUCCACCCACCAGUUGUCGGACGUUGCACCAUCUACCAUAGCGUGGAUUUUCUCUAUUUUCUUAACGACAAACUUCGGUUUCUGUCUCCUUGGCGGGACACUUUUCGACUACUACGGCUCUCGGAUACCAAUGUCAGUAGGAGUGGUCCUAACCACCGGUGGGUUGCUUGGAACCGCGAAUGCACAAUAUGUCUACCAAUUUAUUCUCUUUUUCAGUCUAUGCACGGGCUUGGGAUUGGCCUUUCUCCAAACUCCGUUGUUUUGUCUUGUCGCCCACUGGUUUAGUCAAAAACGUGCGUUGGCUGCUGGGUUGGUUACCCUCGGGGUUUCGGUGGGCGGUGUCAUCAUCCCUCUAAUGUUAUCCUCCCUCUAUUCUUCUGUGGGCUUCACCUGGGCCAUUCGAGUGUUAGCAUCACUCUGCUUCGUGACGUCCGGGGUCUCUAUCUGGCUAACAAAGGAACGAUUCCGCAAAACCAGCAACGGUGUCUUAGCGACUCCUGAAGGUCAGACUCAAAUCUCAAAACCCUUAUUGUAUCGUUUCGCUGGCUAUAUCAAUAACGUGUUCGACCUAAAAGCUUUUAAAAAUCCUCGAUUUACUCUCUGUGCUUUAGGAAUGGCAGGGGCUGAAGUCUACCUCAUCACUGCCAUCACCUAUUUCUCUUCGUACGCGAUGGCACAGGGGGUCGACGAAAAGGCUGCGUAUCUCAUGAUUACCGUCAUCAAUGCCUCAGGCGUGCUUGGACGAAGUCUUCCGGGCAUCUUGGCGUAUAAGUUUGGAGCCUUCAACGUGAUCGUGGGCAUGCUUACUGCGGUAACGGUAUGUAUAUUUGCCCUCUGGUUCCCCCUUGGACACAACCUCUCAGUGUUGUAUACCUUUGCUGUAUUAUUAGGUAUAACUUCUGCUAGUGUUCUUUCCCUUGCCCCUGUGUGUUUGGCCCAAGUAACUCCAAUCCAAAGCUACGGGCGAUGUUAUGCCAUGGUGUUUUUCAUGGUGGCUAUGGGAAACCUUGUAUUCAUCCCUCUUUCUGGUUUGCUUAUUGGCACUGGAUCAAAGGAAAACUACGGCCACUUUGUGUUGUUUUGUGGGUUUCUCAGUGCUCUUGUGACUACUUGGUUCUGUGCGGCCAGAUAUUAUUUGGUUGGAGGAAAGAUUUCUGUAAGGGUCUAAGAAGAUGUGGAGGGAAACGUUCGUGAGAUAUUCUUCCUCGGUAAUAUUUUGCUUAGCAAGCAGUAAAUGAGAGCAAGCCGUUAGCAGAUUAAAUAACCCCUCUGUUGAGAAUUCGGUGGUUGGUCCUGAAUGCCUAAUAGUAGCAGUGUAGGGAAUUGUUAGCGUAUAUAUGUAUACCGUUUCAGCUUUUCGUAAUCCUGAUUUUCGAUGGCAGAUUGACAACCCGCUUAAGAGUACCUCUUUCACG